AAACAGGAAAGAGGAGCACGCUAUAAGAGGAGCAUUAACCGAGAGAAGCGUCAAAGCGUUUAGCCGAGAAAGGUGGGGAGGGGGAGACAGCCAAGAGACAAUGAACACUUCAAUUCAGAUUAUUACGAUUUUUUAAAUGCAAGGGUAUUUCUUGUCUGUCACCAAACGGCACUUGUACAAAAACAUGAAGACGCACUGACGAUUCUGCUCCUAUUUUUUUCUUUUUUUUUUUUAAAGUUCGGCCCGACGUCGCGCUCCUGCGCGCUCCUGAGUCAAAUCCUGGAGAAGCGAAAGAAAGUGUCGGUUUCAGCACCUGAGCAGAGGACAGCUUCGCUUUGUCUGCUCCUCCUCCAGGCACCCUGCCCUAAAACUCUCCUGACGCUUCUGAUGUGAGCCGCUCCGCUCCGACGAUCUUGGCUCCUGGCCGCUUCAAGUCCGGAAGAAGCGCAGAGAUCCGUCGAGGGAAGGGUCCGCGACCGCGCUGUGUGCUCAAUAUGUACCAGGGGCAUUUACAGGGGAAAGACUCUAGGGCUGCAGAUAAGACUGUUGCCAUGGUCCUGAAGGAGAUACCCAGUAAGGCGUCAUCAGAAGGGAAGCCCCUCCUCACAGUGACUACCAAGCUGGUGAGCGAGCAACAAGAGAGUCGGCCGCUAUUAAGCCCUUCCAUCGACGAUUUCCUCUGCGAGACCAAAUGUGAUGGGAUUUCCCGCCCAGUGACUUCCAACACAGCCGUUCUUUCCUCAACGCUGGACCUUUUAGAUCUCAGUGAACCGGGAGAGAGGAGGAACAGCAAGGACAAGAAAAGUGCUUUGGUCUCCCGAGGUGAAGGCCAAAAGAACGGCUCACACAAGAAAAAGACGGAUGAGACGGAGCUGAUUCAGGUGGAAGUUGAACAGACAGGACCAAACAUGCGAAACCCAGAGAGGGCAUCACUUGAGUCAGUUACCAUUGGGUCAUUGGAUAAAUGGGAAGAACUUAACCCUAACGCUGAGAGGAAUGGCAACCGAAAAUGGAAGCUGGAGAGACGGCGUUCAUCCAAAAAUUCAUCCAAUGAGUUUUUGUGGUCUAUAGACGGUAAGAUCCAGUCUGACUCUUCAAAUAAGAACAUAUUGGAAGCAAACACCAAAGCAGAGCCAGAAUCAGCCCUUGCGUCACAACUCAACAGGCAGUAUAUUAGUGGAAGACAUGCUCGUCUAACGAAGGAGCAGCGCUGGGGGAGCGCCCUCCUGUCGAGGCAUCAGUCCCUGGAGGAGGAGUUUGAGCGAGCCAAGGCUGCCGUUGAGUCGGACACAGAGUUCUGGGACAAAAUGCAGGCAGAGUGGGAAGAGCUGGCCCGACGAAACUGGCUGACAGAAAACGAGCAGGCACAGAUACCCUCAUCUGUUUCUCCACAUGAGAAGGGUUACUACUUCCACACAGAUAACCCUUUUAAGGAUUCGCCUAACGCGUUUGAGGAGGGACUGAAGAAAUCUCGAGAAGGAGACUUGCAAAACGCCGUGCUUUUGCUGGAAGCCGCCGCCUUACAGGACCCUCAUGACUCAGAGGCUUGGCAUGUGUUGGGGACCACGCAGGCUGAAAAUGAAAAUGAGCAGGCGGCAAUCGUCUCCCUCCAAAGGUGUUUGGAGCUCCACCCAAAUAACCUACCGGCCCUCAUGGCUCUGGCUGUGAGCCUGACCAACACUGGUAUGCGUCAUGACGCCUGUGAUGCCCUCCUACGCUGGUUGAAACACAAUCCCAAGUACAAGCACCUGCUGAAGGCUAAAUCCCAUCUAAUGGGCUCCCCGAAUUCUCAGCGCAGGAUGUCUUAUGCUCUCAAUGCGGGCAGACAUGACAGCUCACUGCUGCCAGAGGUCAAGGAGCUCUUCCUGGAAGCAGCUCAGAACAACUCGGACAGCAUCGACCCAGAUCUACAGACAGGCCUCGGGGUGCUCUUCAACCUCAGCGGAGAGUUCAACAAAGCUGUGGAGGCUUUCAAUACGGCCCUGUCAGUGCGGCCCGAGGACUAUUUGUUGUGGAAUCGCCUCGGCGCUACACUUGCCAACGGGAACCGGAGCGAAGAGGCAGUGGAGGCUUACACGCGAGCCCUCGAGCUCCAUCCGGGGUUUAUCAGGUCCCGCUACAACCUGGGCAUCAGCUGCAUUAACCUGGGGGCCCACAGAGAGGCGGCCAGUAACUUCCUGACGGCUUUAAGUCUCCAGAGGAAAACCCAGAGUGGCCAGCAGUCCAAUCAGGUGAUGUCUGGCAACAUCUGGGCCGCUCUGAGGAUAGCGUUAUCCAUGAUGGACCAACCCGAACUCUUCCAGGCUGCAAACAUUGGCGACCUGGAUCUUCUGAUGCGGGCCUUUAACUUAGAUAUUUGAGGAAGAGCCGUUGGAGCGUGCUCCAUCGCUUAUUCUUUGAUUUCUACCAGGAGGCCAAAAGCCCAAAGUGCACAAGUUUGAGUCAGCACACAGCCAUGUGUGUUAAGUUUCAGCACAUCAAAAUGAACUAAAAAAGGUCAAACCCCGUCAUGUUUUCCUGCCCUAAAUUUCUUCUUGAGCAGUGUGGAGGGCCGGUUCUUCCAAGGUUUUGGAUAGACUGCUUAGUGAUGGAAUUUGCGCUGCAAUUUGCAAUUUCCCUAAAGAGCACAAGGACGGGCAAAGAUUGCUCGAGCAAUGCCUUAGAGGAUGCAUCAAUUAAAAACUGACUCAUGCGGUGGAACAGAGGUGAGCCAGGAGUGACAGCCAGCUUUAAGACUCCCACAGAGGAACCCUCACAAGCCAUUUGCAGCAGAAAAUAUGAGGUUUUGAGAGGAUGAGCUGUUGACUCAGGACCGUCUCUCCUCUUCUCUGACGG